CCAGAAUAGUACGCAUGUUGGACAAAAGAAUAACGGAAAUAUCCAAAGACAGUAAUGUGUGUGUAUCAAAGCGUUUGUUCUUUUGGAUAGACCUGGAAAUUUUUAGACAAACUACUUUUGCAGUAUAGUGGUUGUGAAAAUCCUGCAAUUCUGGGCAACAUGAUGUGAGUGAUUGAAAACAUUUGUGUUCCCUAACCUGCAGCUCAGUGAGAUCUUCAAAUAGAAAAACUUUAAAACAUUGACGACAAGCCACAAAUCCUUUUAUGGCUUGUCCAUCUCCAUUACACAGCCAACCAAGUUUGGACCACAGCGACUGCGAUGAAGAGGGUUUCGUCUCCAACUCGUAGACCCCGGUGCAUUCAUUUUCUUAAUCAACUGAUCUACAGUGUCUUGUGCUAUAUGGCUUAUAUGUAUGUAUGCUGUGUCACAAACUAUGUGCAUGCUCUGACCAAGGCUAAUAUAAAGAGCUAUGCUGGAACCCGUUUUCUAUGUAAAUCAACAUCAUCUUUAACAAAUGAAACACCCACACAAGCGAUGUGCAACAGCGGAUCUCCCCGCCCCUACAAAGCCAUGCUACAUGCAUGAUGGGGUCCAUCCACCCACCGGUUCAUGUGCAUGCGAGUAAUCUAGCUAACAUCAUCUGUAGUGUAAAUCGGGUUUCUAUUGCAAUUUACAAAGACAAAUCACAAUUUUAAAGCCUGGCUGAUGUAGAGCCUAUCCAACAUUUUCAUUUUUAAGUGCAAAAAUACAACGCCAGCAACAACAACAACAGCAGCGCUAAAAGUGAAGGAAAAAACACAUAAAAACUCGUAUGUACCCCUGAACAAACAUACAUAUAUUUUUAAAUACAUAUCGACAUCUAUAUGAAUGUAGUGUGUAUGUAUCCAUACUCAAAUGCCAAGAGAAACGUUAAACCAAAAUACAAAAGAAGAAAAAAAAAAACAACAGCCGUCAAUGUACAUUUAUAGCACAAAACCGACGAUACAAAAAUCUGCUGCUAUACGAAGCGGGGCCUGUCGUUGUCAUGAACAUUUCAAUGAAUGAGACUAGCGCCACGACGAAAGCAAUAAAACGGCAGCAAGCAGCAACUGAGGAAAAUACUUCAAAAAGUGUGUGUUUUUUUUGCUUUACUUGGCACACACAGGCAAAAGCAACAACAGAAGCAAAGUCUCGUGAGUGUCGUUUUCAACGAAAACUCAACAUCGUGUUGUGGUUCGGCAAUACCAUCGUAGUCAUUGUUAUCGUCGUCGUCGUCGCCGCCGUCAUCAUCAUCGUUCACAGAGGAGGGAAUACACACAGAUUGGAAAGAUAGAGGGACACGCCACUGACAGACAGACGAACGAAUGGGCGGGCGGACGUUUGGUGGGUUUCAGAAGAAACACAAAACAAUAACAACAAGAACUUAGUUUGCACGAAACUGAAACGAUGUCGUAGCUCAACUGCUGCUACAGCGUUCUCUGCGUUGCUUUUGUUGUUGCCGUUGCCACUUUGGCCUGGUGUAUAAACGGAUAAGUAUGGGUCUGGCUCUGCUAAGUAAGAGUGGGUAUGUGUGCGUGUGUAUAUAUAUACAUAUAUAUACUAGGGGGGUACAUGGGUUAUAUUUUCGCUGCUUAUUGCCUCUGCCGGUUGCAUGUUUGGGCUUGUAUGAAUUUCAGCAGAAACAACGAUCACACUCGUAUACUGACUUUGAACGGUGAAUGUGUACGUUGGUACGGUUAAUAGAGAUUGCCCCCAAGAAGAAGCGGCGACGCGCGAAACCUUAUUAUAUUUUGUACACACCACAAAACAAAUAAGAAAAAAAAUUAAUAAAUUUUCCCAUAUUCGAAAAAGGAAAAACAUAACAAAGCGCGGCGUGAAAAUUUAUUUACCAACUAAUCAUUGCUACAAAAUACCAUUAAACCAUGAAUAAUUUAAAAACAAAAAGUGAAAAAUAUAUUCAUAUGGUUUUAAAUGAAUAAAAAAAAGAAAAAAAAUAAAUAUGUAUGCUAAUUUGAAGUAAUAUACCUUUUGUUAAACAAAAAAAGGUGCCAAUUAGAAGCAUUCGCCCACUUGCUAGUGAAAAAGGGAUAAAAAAUUCCCUUCUUACAACUCUGUGUGUUAAAAUAAUUAAAGUUCAUGCACCAACAACAACUCUAACGUCAAUAAUAGCAGUGUAAAAAAAAAGAAAAACGUUGGUUGGCUGGCUGUAAGAAAAGGCUUCAGUGUAUAUCAGCUAAUGUGUGUGCGUGCGUGCGUGUGUGUGCGCCUUAAUGUGUAUUGCAUACACUCAGCACAUCGAAAGGAAGAAGAAGCAGCAGCCAAGCAUACGUACAACAACUAAAACAAAAUGCAGUUACUGGUUACUUGAAAUUAUUUUGACAAAGAAAGAGCAUUACCAAAAUCAUACAAGAGUAAAAGAGAGCGCGGGAGCUCCCCAAGUGUGAAAGUAUAUGUAAAAGUAAAAAAUAAAUUCAAAAGCAAAAAAGAUUUACAAGAAAUUGAAUAAAAAUAAUUAAGAAUAUUAAAACAAAACAAACAUAAAUUCAAAAUCAACAUUUCUGUGUUUGUGCAAUUUAGCCCAACCUCCCCUUAAAAAAUGCUCAGGCCUCUGCAGUGUUUACCCUGAAAUUGGAUAAGCAAAAAAAAUCAACAUCAAAAACAAGAAUAAUUAGUUUUCAUUUUUCACACUGCCGCCUGCCCUUCUCAUCAUCAUACAUCCUUAUUACUUAAUACAACAAACAUUAACACAUAAUGUCUGCCGACAUUGAAAUCACCAGUGUUUUGGGUGCCAAUGGCCAACCACUGCCCAUACAUGGCACCGGCUUGGGUUCCACCUGGUCGGCUCCCGUUAAACAGGAACGUGCCGAUGAUGCUGAAAUUCAAGAGUUGGCCGCCAAAAUGAAAGAAGCCCAAAAAGAUGCUUUAGCCAAACAACAACAACAGGCUGCUCAGAUGGCCUCGCGUCAGGCCUUGGCCAAUGGUCAAAUGCAACCGCCCGUCAAUGCCAAUGGCCAAACGAAUAUUCUCAAUUACCUAAAUCGUGCACAAAAACCCGCAAAUGGUGUAGUGGGGGCGGCCAAUGGUCGCUCAUCCAGCACUGACGAUAAGAAAGCCCCCAGCGACGAAGAAUCCCAAAAGGGGCAUUUUGGUUGGACUACUUUUGGCAAAACCUAUAUACCCUAUAUCUAUAGGCAAACAGAGAAAUACUGUUCGGUUCGCAUGAUCGAAUUGAAAUUGCUGGGCAAAUAUCUUAAUUGUCUGCAUCCGGACAUCUAUUCCAGUUGCACGUGUGUGCGUUCCUAUUACAUUACCGAAGCCGAGGCCCGCCUUUUUAUUGAAAUAAAUCAAAAGCAUUGUGAUGGAGAAUUCGGACGAGAUUUUUUCACCCAAAAGGAUUUAGUUGUUCGCCUAACGGAUGCCUCAAAGUUCUACCAAUUCCUGGAUAUAUGUUAUCGUAAACUUAUCUCGGGCAGCAAAUCGCCCUCAGAGAAAUGUGGGUUUAUACGCAUUAACAAAGAAUCGGUGGUUCCAUAUACAGUGCGCAAUGGCGAACAGGUUGUGCCUCUCUUCUAUUUCGAGGGCGAAACCGAAAAUCUCAAACAAAAGGCUGAUCUGUUGUCCGGUUGGGAUUUGGCCUAUUUGAAAUUCUGUUGCAAAGUGCAAGGCAUACGCAAUGAGUUGUUUUCCAGUGAGAAUGUGGCGGUCAUCAGUCUAACCGACAUCAAAAGCUAUUUUCCCAAUGGCACUGAAUUUGAGGAUUAUUGGCCCAGCAAAGUCGUAGACUCAAAUCUGCUAAUAGGCAAUCGUUCGAAUGCAAAUAAUUCAGUUAAUUGGACACGGCAGCCUUCACAGCCUCCACCCAAAGUUAUUUCCCAAUCGAACCUGCAACAAAAGCAACAGCAACAUUCCUCGGCAGCAGCAGCGGCGGCUGCAGCUGCUCAUCAUCAACAACAAGUCAUGAAAAGGGGCUCGGCUGGCCAAGCGAUGAACGUUUAUAACAAUACUCAAAAUAUUUUGCAACAACAGCCAAAUGCAGCAACAGCCCAACGAAUGCAUUCGAAUGCCUUGGCGGCACAAGCCACAGUACAGGCUUUAGCAAAUGCUCCUUGGAUGUCACAACAGCAAAACAAUCUUAUACAUGCUCAAAUGUUAGCUUCACAGGUCCAACAAUCACAUGCAGCCAAUUCCCGCAAUCAAUAUCGUAAUCCCAUGGAGAAUCUCAUACUGAACAAUCGCCAGCCUUAUGGAGCCUACAAUAAUGCAGCCAUAUCAAUGCAACCUGUUAAUUCGCAUGGUCAAGGCAAUGCUCCUCCACCCCUGGUGCGAUCAGCAGGCGGGCAAAAUGCCAAUCAUAUGUCUAGUGUCGAGCAAACGUUGCUGCAACAACAACAACAAACACAACAACCGAGACCCUCUAAUACACAACAACAACAACAAAGACAUAUAAACACCUCCCUUAAUCCCAUAAAUACAGUACCUACUUCACCCCAUACCCCUGCGAACAGUAAAUCGGCGAUUGCCUCCAAUGCUGCCUCCUCCUUAUUGGCCAAUAAUUUCAAUUUGGCCUCCUCGGCCCCCACCACUGCCCAAGACUUUAAUAACCUAGCCUUAUGGAAUCAAUUGACUCCAGCCCAACGGUUAUUAUUGACGCAACAAUUUAAGAAUUCCGGUGGUCUUAUACCUCCGGGUGUUGUCAAUAAGACACCUUUCCCUCCAUUGCCUUCGUUGCCCUUAGAUACGGAUCUAAUUACCAUGUUGGACUAUAAUCCAAAUAAAGUAUCAAAAACUGCAUCGAGCACAAGUGGCGGCAAUAACACCUCCAAUGAUAGUUCGAGAAACAAUGGCCAAUUUACUAAGCCUCAUGUGCCUCCUCUGAUACCGGUUAAUAAUGCCUUAGAUGCACAACGUAAAUCAAACCGUCCCCCUACUGGUGUGGCGCCCCCACUUGGUGGUGGCGUCUCCACCACAGUGCCUUUAAAUUCAUCCGCCGCCCUGGAAGAUUUCGAGAAGAAAUUCAAAAUGAAUGAUGAAAUGAGAGCUGUGGUUCAGAAAGUUCUUUCGAAUCCUGAUCUGUCCACUUUUAUACAAACAAAUGCUUCCAAUACCUUUGUGCCUUUUAUAUCGCCGCCCAUAUCGCCAGCGAAUGGGGGUGUUCAGUUGCCGGGCACUUCGGUGUCCAUUGUGCCUAAUCCCCAUGUUACGAUAACCCCUCAGCUCCCGCCCCAUUUUCAACACAGUAGUGCGGCGCAUUCGCCGUCCUCCUCAUCGUCUUCCUCCUCAUCGGCUGGAGGCAAUAGACAAAAGAGUGUCAUAUGCUCGACGACAAGUGCAGUGGGGGGGAUAGGUGGAGGGGGGCAUUCGCCUUCGCCGGGACGUACGAAAUCCUCGACCAAUUACAAUUACAUCAACCACCCCCAACAACAACAACCACUUUCUUCCUCUUCUUCUUCUACACCCACACCAAUGGAAGUAAUCGAUUUAUCUUCCCCCCGAAGGUCUCUACAAGCGGCCACAGCCUACUUGCAACAACAACAGCAGCAACAGCAACAACAGGCAGCCGUGGCGGCAGCACAACAACAAAAUCAGCAGCAACAGAGGUUAGCAGCGGCAGCCGCUGCAGCUCAACAUCACCAGCAAAACGGCCGCCAGUCGUCAAAUUCAUCCGCCCAACAACAAGCUAACUCGGCCAGUUUGCAUCUGCAACGGCAUGCGGCAAACGUGGCUGCAGCGGCCGUUGACAACUCGCAACGUUUGAAUAUUAUACCGGAAAUACCCGCCAACAAUAUCAAUGCCCAGCCGUAUAAAGUUCAAAAGGUCUAUGUGGAGAGUCACCUGGUGCCGUGUAUCAAUAUGAAGGCCUACAACGAUUCCGAACAGCUAAUGACACUGACAGACUUCCAAAAAUAUUUCUUCCCUAGUGUGCCGCUGGAUCAGUGUAAGCGAUUGAUAGAAGCCUUGGGAGUUGAGCUGUACAAAGGAAAUAGACAUCAACUAAAGGUUCUUAUGCAGCAUGAUGGACAACAUAAUGAAAAUAUACCUUUGGUUCAGGUGCGCGACAUUUUGAAGUACAUGACCCAGCUAACGUUUAUGAUAAGAAAUCAGGAACAGCCCCCAAAUAAACGUUCACGUAUAAGCUAGGAAUUGGGUUGGGGAGGACAACAUACAACAACAGCAGCAGCAACAACAGCAGCAUCUGCAUCGUCAGCACAGGAACAUAACCAUCAUCACAAACAACAUCAGCAGCAACAACAACACCAACAGCAACACCAAAAAGAAUCCCGUAACCAUUUAGCCAAUAUGGUGGAGAAUUCGUCAAUGUCAAUGUCUUCUUCAUCAAAUGGCAACACCAGCAACAGAUCCAAUUCGACAGCCUCCUCUACAGCACAGAAAUCUGGGAUGUCGACGGCUUCUUCUGCGUCGUCGUCAUUGCCAUCAUCAGCUGUAGCACCGCCAGCCCAUAAUCCUCAUCAACAUGCGCUUGAUAUGUUUAUGUUGUACUCCCCAUUGUCGUCCUCCGCGGCAGCAUCAUCAACACAUGCCGCGGCAGCCGCACGACAACAACUACUUCUGCAACAAUUCCACCAGCAUCAGCAACAAAUCUUACAGCAGCAGCACCAACAACAGCAACAACACCAACCACAACAGCAUCACAUGGAAAAAUCCAAUCAAAGUAAACAUGGAACUUCUUCAUCGAAAUCAAGUGGUGGUAGUGGUAGCAGCAGCUCAUCUCAAAGGCUAUCUGCAGCUCAACAGCUGGCCACAGAUUUCCUUUCUAUGUUUACGGCAGGCCAUCAUGCGGCUGCGGCCGUGGCAGGUAAUACACCAGGUCCGAUUAUGGAUUCUUCUUCGGCCAGCCAUCAAAGAUCUUCGUCCAAUGCGUCUGCUUCAUCACUCGCUUCAACAUCGUCCACAGCCACAACAGGCAAUAAAUCUUCCAACUUUUCGGUGGCUUCUCUGACAUCAUCAUCUACUAACAAUUCCUCAGCGGCAACAGGUGCCUCCUCAUCGGCGGUUGGCACUGGUGCACAAACAGCUGCAGCCGCAGCAUCGGCUGCCCUAUAUGGCGUGGCUGCACCCUUUUCUGCACCCGCUUUGGUCAAUCCCUAUCCACCGCAUUUGCCAGGUGCUCAUGGACUGCCCUCGCCUACCAUAUAUCCGCCUACACCGCCACCCUCGGCGCCGUGGAUACAUCCUUGGUAUGCUGGAGAUACAUUUUAAAAGUAGAACACUUUUAAAGUGUAAGAAGAUAUGGCGGUUUCGCAUACAAUUCCAUAUUUUCCAUAAUUGUAUUGAAGAUUUCUUUCGGUAAGGAUUAAAACCUAAAUAUUGAGAAGUUCCAAAAAGAUAAAAUUCCCAUUCAGAUUCGAAGUUGUUAAGUAUGUAUAUUCCCUCCCAUCUAUCCAGACACACACACCACUGGUCAGGUCACCAUUAAAUGAACCAAAGAAAUAUAUUUCUCUGUUUUUAAGGUUUGUUUUGAAAGAAAAAAGUUUUAAGUGCCAAAGUCUUUUAAGCAUUUUGAAAGGUACAGAGGAAACAACUUGAGAAAAGUCUUGUUUUAAGAAAUUCAAUUGUGAAAUUGUCUGCCAGACCAUAUUUCAAGCUUCACAUACAUAAAUAAUUCUUGAGGAAUUGUAUAUUUAAAGCAAUGGUGGGCAAAUACGCACACACACAUACUUGCGAUUUGUAUUUUAUGUACACAAGCACAUAAGCCUGCUUACUUGUAAAUAGUAAUGUACAAAUGUUUGAGUAUCCUCUUCGCUGGUUUAAAGUAGUCAACUUUCCUUGUAUAUAUACUAAAAAACACUCAUUGAAGCCACUUCUUCAUUACACAUGUAACGCUUAAGUGAAACAAGAAUCCCCUUUACAUGGGAUAUCAUACAUUCGCAUAUUGUUGCAAUAUAAAAUUACCAGUUUAUACUUUUCACAUUUUUAUAAUUCUAUAUCAAAAUUUUUCAUGCGAUAUAAUAAGUCUGUUCGUGUACUCAAAACUUUCUGUAAAUUUGCACAAAUUGUUACUGGAAGUCGUUCGCGUACUUUAUUUGCCAGUAGAAGAGAGCGGGAGAGUGCGUGAGAGAGACCAACAUUUUCAGAGCGUGGUAAUUGAGAGCUUGCAAAUUUCCACUGGAGUUUUUUUCCUAUCAGAAAUUUGCGGCAUCAAACUGCUGUUUUAUGAAAACCCGCUGUUAAAUUCUAAUAAAUAGCCAAAGAGAUUAGAAGCCGUUUCCUGAAAUUUUUUACUGGCACAUUUUUGACUGGAAAAGUACGCGAACAGACCUAAUGUAAGCGAACAUUAUAAGUUGAUAAAUACAAAUCAGCUGUGUAUUUAUCAAACUAUAAUGACAGACCAAAGAAAUUGCCAUCAAUUAAAGCAGAGUAUUCCAAAAAAAAUUGGCAUGUAUAUAAAUUGGGUACAUAGUAAAUAUUCUAAAAAAUAUGUUCUGUAUAUAUAACAUAUAACAAAACAUCCUAAACACCAAAGAAUGUAGGUACCAACAUAUCUUCCAAAUUUACAA